AUGUCCACUAAUGCAAACGGAUGGCGAGAACCAUUGAAUCCCACAAAUGGUGGCUUCAGGCAGGAUAAGGACGCUCUUGGGACCAUAAACGUGCCAGCUAACGCUUACUAUGGAGCACAGACACAACGUUCUCUGCAAAAUUUCCCGAUUGCUGCUGGGAAGGACCUCAUGCCGGUCACACUGCUACACGCCCUUGCUCUCGUCAAACAAGUUGCGGCAGUCAUAAAUCUCGAGAGUGGCAAGCUAGCCAGCGAUAAAGCCAAAGCAAUCAUCGCCGCUGCCGAGGAGGUCCAGUCAGGCAGUCUGGAUAAACAUUUCCCCCUCGUUAUCUGGCAAACUGGGUCAGGUACUCAAACAAACAUGAACGUAAAUGAGGUGAUUGCUAACCGUGCCAAUGAGAUUCUCGGUGGGCAGAGGGGUGACAAGACCCUCGUGCAUCCAAACGACGACGUCAAUCUCAGUCAGAGCUCUAAUGACACAUUCCCGACCGCGAUGAAUGUAAGUGUUGUCACGGAAAUUGUGAAAAACCUCAUCCCCUCCUUGCAAUACCUCGUGGAAAAACUGCAUCACAAGAGUGAGGAAUUUUGGACGUUAGUAAAAAUUGGCAGAACUCACUUGCAGGACGCUGUUCCAAUGACAGUUGGCCAAGAACUUAGUGGCUACUGCGAUCAGCUCAGGCAGUGCAUUGAAAGUAUUGAGCGUCAACUUCCUUUCGUCUGUGAGCUUGCGGUUGGUGGCACUGCUGUUGGCACUGGGCUCAAUGCCGCCGCCGACUUUGACUCUCGAUUCUGUGAAGUUCUUACGAAAUUGGUAUCCCAAAAUCUGUCGGUAAGUCGUCCAUUUGCUUGGCCGUUUUUUUUAUUCGGGCACCUGAUUCACUAG